UAAUGUCGUGCUUUUUUAUUCCAUCUUUCUGUUUUGGAGCCAGGCCAUUAUAAUUCUCCCAUUUGUGCAGCCAAACCGCGGGAAGUUAUUUGGAUGCACAAACACCCACAUACACACACUAAUACGGCAUCACAACGGAGGGAGCCAAAUCCGGUUGAGCAACAUAAAUCACACACUCCUCACUUGGCUUUAUUUUAUGCGCAUGGACAGUGCGGUCGGGUUGGACACCUUCUUGGUUUGUUGGCCGCUGGAGGUCAGACUGAACGGUGUGUGUGGAGCAACAGAUGCUGCACCGAGAAAUAAGCCUUUAAUACCCACAGGACUCAGGAGAGGGUAACUACACUCAACUCUCAAUACAACAGACUUAAGUGAAACCCCUCACACAAUUCAUCCGUGUGUCUGUGUCGCGAUUCCUUAAGGAAUAUUUCACUUUUACGCACUAAAAGGCGCUCAAAGAAGGGUGUUUUUGCUGAGUUAAACGGACCUCGGACACAUCCACCUGUCCCAGAGGUAAACUCUGUCUCAUGGAUUACUUGUCCAUGUCUUUUUUUCUGGAACCGGUUGAACGAUAAUCUGAGCCGGUCGGUACAUCCGUGGGAUAACACCAGUGGACACCUUUAACCACCAUGCCACCCAAGAAAAAGGGAGAGCGUCAGGACUCGGACUUCCACGAGGAAAGAAACGCCCAGGCGCAGUUGGAAAAGGCCAAGUACAAGCCUGUGGCAUUCGCGGUACGUUGCAACUUCUCUUACACCCCAGCAGACGACGACAACGUUCCCGUACCAGGCCAGGCCGUCACCUUCGAGGCCAGAGACUUCCUCCAUGUCAAAGAGAAGUUUAACAACGAGUGGUGGAUCGGCCGGCCGGUGAAGGAGGAUGGUGUGGUGGGCUUCAUCCCCAGUCCAGUCAACCUGGAGACCAUCCUCAUCAGAAGAGAAGUCCAAGCGAGGAAAGCAGCAAAGGCCUUAGCCAACAAAGCAGCGUCUCAAGUAGCUCAAGAUAUGAACUCAAAGAAAUAUACACCUCCAUCACAAGCCAAUCAGCAGGUGAAAAAGAAACCGGGGGAGCAGAUUGCUAUGUAUGAUGUAGUGCCUACUAUGCGUCCUGUGGUUUUAAUGGGACCCUCACUGAAGGGAUUAGAGGUUACAGAUAUGAUGCAAAAAGCACUAUUUGACUUUUUAAAACACCGAUUUGAAGGCAGAAUUACUAUUACACGAGUCACCGCAGACAUCUCCCUGGCUAAAAGGUCCAUCCUCAACAACCCGGGAAAAAAGGCCUUAAUGGACCGGUCAAACACCCGCUCUAAUUUAGCUCAGAUCCAGGGGGAGGUGGAGCGUAUCUUUGAGCUUGCCCGCAGCCUGCAGCUGGUGAUUCUAGAUGCUGACACAAUCAACCACCCGCUCCAGGUGGCUAAGACUUCCCUAGCACCGAUCCUUGUCUAUGUCAAGAUCUCCUCGCCAAAGGUGUUGACAAGACUGAUCAAGACGAGAGGGAAGUCUCAGACGAAGCAUCUCAAUGUUCAGAUGGUGGCAGCAGACAAACUCGCCCAGUGCCCGUCGGAAAUGUUUGACGUCAUCUUAGAUGAGAACCAGCUGACUGAUGCCUGUGAGCACGUUGCUGAUUAUCUGGAGUCUUACUGGAGAGCCACUCAUCCUCCAGAGAUGGAGCCGGCCAACUCUCUGGUGGCCCAGCUGGCCGAGAACACACUGCCCACCAAUCCUUCAGCAAUACCCGUGGAUGGGCACAAAAACAAGAAGUCAGCUGCCGCCAAGAGGAAAGGUUCCCGUGAGAACCAUCUAGACCAGGAGCAACCGUCAGCCCCAGCACAGGAGCAGAAAGCUGAGGAGGGCCAAAGAGAGGAGGAAGAUAGGCUCCUGAGGACUGAACCAAAGAGACCCCAGCACAACCACCGCCAUCACAACCACCACCACCACCGCCGGAUAGAGCAUCACAGCCACGGCCAGCACAACCAAACAUCCAGUGGGACUGAAGUACGAUCAAGCAGGGAGUACAGCCAGAGGCCUCCCCGAAGGCACCUGCCCGAGGAGAGGGAGGAGGAAGCGGAGGAUGCGGUGGAGGAGGACGAAGAAGAGACCCGCUAUAAUCACAGAGGCCAUAACCACCACCACCAUCACCAUCACCACCAACAACAACAACAACACCGUGGAAACAGCCAGCCACACGUCAGAGAAGACUAUGAGCAGGAGCACAAUGAACGCAACCGUCAGCACAGGCAUCACCAGCAUAUUCCUCACCGGACACAACACACAAAUCAUUAUCCUGCACACAAUCAUCACAACUACCACGGCAGAGACAGAGACGUGGACAGAGACAUGGACAGAGACAGAGAUAGAGAUAGAGAUAGAGACAGAGAUAGAGAUAGAGAUAGAGAAAGAGAUAGAGAUAAAGAUAAAGACAGAGACAGAGAUAAAGAUAAAGACAGAGACAGAGAAAGACACAAGGACAGGGAAAGAGACAGAGAUAGGGAUCGUGGUAGAGAUAGAGACAGAGAUGCACGGCAAUUUCACAGAAAUUCGUAUAUACACGAAUGACUGUUGUUUCUCCUGUGGGUUGGUGCAUGGUUUUAUGCUGCUCAAGUUAUAAUGCACUAAUGGACUGGGCAGGGUGUUCUUCCUCAUAUCGGUUGACAUUUUUAAUUUUUACCCUC